GGCCGUCGCGGUCGCGAUGACGUAGAAGGCGCAUGCGCACUCUGUUGUCGGUGCCUAGGCGCUGCGGGAUCUGUGGGUGGAAAGGGUCAUCAGCACCUUCUGACUGGGAAAAGAUGGUCAACGUCUUGAAAGGAGUGCUUAUAGAAUGUGACCCUGCCAUGAAGCAGUUUCUGCUGUACUUGGACGAGUCAAACGCCCUCGGGAAGAAGUUCAUCAUUCAGGACAUUGAUGACACUCAUGUCUUCGUAAUAGCAGAGUUGGUUAAUGUCCUCCAGGAGCGAGUAGGCGAAUUAAUGGACCAGAAUGCCUUUUCUCUUACCCAGAAGUGAAAGUAUUAGCUACUGACCCCUUGGGAAUUAAAAGUAACAAGUGUGAGAGACGGCUACCAUUCUGUGUCUUAUGUGACCGGUUUGGUUUGCAGAAUUGCUUAGAAACAUUUCAUGGGAAAGACAGGGGUAUCAUUUGUUCAUAAAAAAGCCCUGCACUGACUUUAUUGUGCUAUUCCACCCCCCUCCCCCGCCCCAGUAUAUAUACCCUAGAAUUAAAAAAAUUUUUUUAACA